AGAGAAGAAAAAUGAGUGCCUUGAUGGAGCUUGUAAUUCUCGUCCCUUGUUGUUUCUUCCUCAUAGCUUUGAUCAAGUUCCUUUAUGAUUACUUGUGGAUACCUCUCCGUAUACAGCAUAUGCUGAAUUCACAGGGAAUCAAAGGACCUCCUUACAGGUUCAUCCAUGGAAACAACAAAGAAGUUGCCGAAAUGAAAAAGGAAGCAUUAAGCAAACCUAUGGGCUUGACGCAUGAUAUAUUUCCCAAAGUGCAGCCACAUCUUUACUCCUGGAUCAACAAAUAUGGGAAGAAUUUUCUUUUCUGGAAUGGUGUUCGAGCUGAACUUGUGAUUUCAGAACCUGAACUGAUCAAAGAGGUUGUAAGAAACACUGAAAAAACUUUUCCGAAAAGGAAGCCUACACUUUACCUUAGCAAGCUCUUAGGGAACGGGCUUGUGACAGUUGAGGGUGAAAAAUGGGUGAAGCACCGGAAAUUGGCCAACCACGUUUUCCAUGGAGAAAACUUGAAGAACAUGACUCCAGCAGUAAUUGCUAGCGUCGAAACGAUGCUCGGAAAAUGGAAAGGCCAAGAAGGUAAAGUGAUCGAAGUGUUCGGAGAGUUUAGAUUAUUGACAUCGGAAGUGAUAUCGAGAACAGCUUUUGGCAGCAGUUACUUGGAAGGGGAGAAGAUUUUCGCCAUGUUGAACAAGUUAUCAAUAAUCAUGAGCCGAAAUGUUUACAAGACUAGAAUUCCUUUCAUCAGCAAGUUAUGGAAACCUGCUGAUUUGCUAGAGUCGGAACAACUUGCACAGGAAAUACAAGAAUGUGUGAUGAAGAUUGUUGAGAAAAGAGAAGACAGAGUUGUGAAUGGAGAAUCCAAUAGCUUCGGUGAUGAUUUUCUGGGAUUACUCGUAAAUGCCUAUCAUGAUUCGGACGAGAAAAAUCGACUUUCAUUGGAAGAAUUGGUAGAUGAGUGCAAAACAUUCUACUUUGCUGGACAAUCAACUGUUAAUUCCUUGCUCUCCUGGACAAUCUUUCUGUUAGCGAUACAUGGAGAUUGGCAAGAGAAAGCAAGAACCGAGGUGAUCUACGUAUUCGGGAACCGGAAUCCACAUCCCGAAGGCAUUGCCAAGCUCAAAACCGUGACCAUGAUCAUCAAUGAAACACUGAGAUUGUAUGGUCCAUCGAAUGGAAUGAUGAGAAAAGUUGGAAGAGAAGUUCAGUUGGGAAAGCUAGUCUUGCCUGCUAAUAUAGAUAUUCUGGUUCCAAACGCUGCACUUCACCAUGACCCUCAACUGUGGGGAGAUGAUGUGCAUCGUUUUAAGCCGGAGAGAUUCGCAGAUGGGAUCGCCAAAGCUACCGAUUACAAUGCGACUGCGUUUUUUCCCUUCGGAUUGGGAUCUCGGUUUUGUGUCGGUAUGACCUUUGCAACCACGGAAACGAAGAUAGCUCUAUCCAUGAUUCUACAACGCUACGCCAUUACCCUCUCCCCUGCCUAUGUCCACUCACCAGUACCUAUUAUCAGCGUUCAUCCCCAACAUGGAAUUCAAGUAAUACUCGAGUCAUGGCAAUAACAAUGCUUGAUGUACAUGGUUGUUAAGAUUUUGGGAUUCAACUUAGUUUAAUAAUUCA